UAUAGUCCCUUCUCUUUCGGUCAAGCGUGGUACAAGAAUGUAAAAUUGUAUGACGCUUUCCGGCGGAAAGAAAUUGCAGUGUCAUGCCUACUCACGGCUAAAUUCGCGGUUUAGGAAUUGAUUCUUUCUAGAUUAUAAGUUUUGGGCAACACCCUCAGAAUUUUCAAGUGAAUUUUCAUACUUAUUCUGCAAUCGUUGCGAUCUCAGGAUCAAAUAUUACUGCGCUACUUUGUGAAGACCCUUCUUGCUAUUUACUACAGUAACUAUCCCAGGUGCUAUUCACCAACAAAGAAUGUCGCUGAAUAUCAUGUCAGUAAUGGCUCUCUUACUAGGUUUGUCUUCUGUAACCCAAGUGAUCGCCAAACCAGUAGAUAAAUGGUCUUCCUCGUGUAAUCCUAAUGAUCUCCUGUGCUUGAGGGACCUGGCGUCUGACGCUGUUGAGACUUCUCCUCUUAUGGUACCGGUCAAAGAUGAAGGAACAAAAGAAGAAGAUUGUCCACCAGGAUAUUGGUGUCGAAGAAGUGAGUUGGUUAAGGAUGAAGAAACUCAUGAAGAAAAUUGUCCACCAGGCUAUUGGUGCCGAAGAAGUGAGAUACCAAGGAAUGAAGAAACUCAACCGGAAAAUUGCCCACCAGGAUAUUGGUGCCGCAGAAGUGAGUUGGUUAAGGAUGAAGAAACUCGUGAAGAAAAUUGUCCACCAGGAUAUUGGUGCCGAUGAUCCACAUUGUGAACUGGGCCACCCCUCAGUGCUGAUCCAUUGUCUACAGAACUUUGGAUCGCUACUCGCUGGAUCACUACUCGUCAGAGAAUUAAGGAAACGGAGCAG